AUGCACAGAAGGAAGACACAUAGUUCCCCUAAGAGAUUCUCGAAGUUUCACUGGAUAGCUUCGCUAGGAUUUUACACUCUUCCUGAGGGAUCCAGCUUUCACAUCUCCAGACGCGAGAAACACGGAAAUGUUUUUAAAACUCACCUUUUGGGCAAACCCCUCAUCCGAGUGACCGGUGCAGAAAACAUCCGUAAGAUUCUGCUGGGUGAACACACGCUGGUGUGCACGCAGUGGCCCCAGAGCACACGCAUCAUCCUGGGGCCCAACACUCUGGUAAACUCAGUUGGUGUCCUGCACAAGAGGAAGAGAAAAAUCCUUGCAAAGGUGUUUAGCCGUGGGGCGCUGGAGGCCUAUCUGACACGCCUUCAAGAUGUUGUCAAGACUGAAAUUGCUAAGUGGUGCUCCGAGACCGGGCCUGUGGACGUUUACACCGUAGCCAAGUCACUCACUUUCCGCAUUGCAGUGCGAGUCCUGCUCGGUCUGCAUCUGGAGGAGCAGCAAAUCACUUCUCUCUCCAAAACCUUUGAACAGCUCAUGAACAACCUCUUUUCUCUUCCUAUUGACACCCCCAUAAGCGGCCUGCGUAAGGGAAUCAGGGCCCGUGAGAUUCUGCACUCUGCCAUGGAGAAGAUCAUAGAGGAGAAACUGAAAAAGCAGCAAACCAGUGAUUAUUGUGAUGCUUUUGACUAUAUGCUGAGCAGUGCGAAGGAAGAUGACUAUGAGCUUACAAUGCAAGAGCUUAAGGAAACCGCAGUAGAGUUAAUCUUCGCUGCUCACUCCACUACUGCCAGCGCAUCAACAUCCCUCAUCCUGCAGCUGCUGCGUCAUCCAGAUGUGAGUGAGUGCGCCAGAGCAGAGCUGGAAAGCGAGGGGCUGAUCGGCGAUGCGCAUGGAUACUGCCGCUCUCGUUGCCAUGGGAACGUCAUCAGUGAGGAAAGUGAUGCUGCUGAGAAGAGUACCAGCGAGUGGAGAUCAGCGAUGAAUAAAACACCGUGUUUUGAAGCAGGAGACAAGGAAGAGUGGCAUCGCUCUCGCACCCACGUCCCUUACCUGAGUUUGGAGAAACUGAGUCAACUUUCUUACCUGGACUGUGUGGUCAAAGAGGUGCUUCGGUUCCUCCCACCGGUGUCUGGCGGAUACAGGACAGUCCUGCAAACAUUUGAAUUAAAUGGUUAUCAGAUCCCAAAGGGCUGGAGCGUCAUGUACAGCAUCCGUGACACGCACGAGACAGCAGAAGCAUAUCAGAACCCAGAGCUCUUCGACCCAGACCGGUUCUGCGCAGAUCGAAACGAGAGCAAAACCGACCGCUUCAGUUACGUCCCAUUUGGAGGUGGUGUGAGGAGGUGCAUCGGCCGGGAGCUCGCUUUGAUUGUGCUCAAAACUCUUGCGGUGGAGUUGCUCGCCACAGUAGAUUGCACUCUGGCAACAGAAACAUAUCCAACGAUGCAGACGGUGCCAAUCGUGCAUCCGGUCAAUGGAUUGCAUGUGUUUUUUAACUACAGAACCCACGGAGUUGAGAGAAAUCGGAGGGAAUCCACGCAUAUAUAGAUAAAAAACUUCAUUUAGACACUGUACCACAUAGAACGCCAGUGCAUAGAUGUCAAACUCCUUUUGGGAAUCAUAUGCAGUUUCCUUUAUAAUGUUUAUGUAAAGCAAACCAUCUGGAAAUGGAUGAAAUGAUGAACCUGACCCAUUCAUUAGAUAAUGCAGUCUUGAACUUGAACACUUGUUUUUAGUGAACUUGUGGAAAGGGUAAAUAUCCACUAGAAUGCAUGAAAAAGUUACUUAAACCUGUGUAAAAAUAUGUUAGGUUUGAAUAGCCAAGCCAUUGUGAUGUGCAUGAGGAAAU